UAGCAGGCAUUGCUAAUAAGUUUCGCGAACGUUGCAAAACGGGAAACCAAAUCCAAGUCCGCCCGCCUUCAAAAUGAGUUCGAAGUCCCUUUUCGACAGCGAGGAAGAUGCCGCCCAGGCAAACAAAUUGGCCAGGAAAGCCAAGGAAUCGCCCUUCAUGCUAGUGGGUAUUGCCGGUUUUGUGGCCGCCGGAGCGAUUGGAGCAUACAAGUACCGAAACCGCGGAACGAUGAGCACGAGUGUGUUCCUGAUGCAGCUGCGAGUGGCCGCCCAGGGAACCGUGGUCGGAUGCCUCACCGUCGGACUGGCCUACAGCAUGGCCAAGGAGUACCUGUUCGACAAGGCGCCCAAGGAGAAUACAAAGUCACUGAGUAACUAAAGAUCAUCUGAUUGUAUGGCCCUCUUCUCUAAAAAUCACCCACCAACACUAAUCGGGAUGAUAUUACACCCAAGCAGUCAGUAACUCUAUUGCAUCGUCAGAGAUUCAUACCGGUCAAGAGGGUUAGGAUCAUUGGAGGGCUGGACUCUUGCAAGAACUUUCGACUGUCCAGGCCGAUAAUUAGACAAUUUUUUGCAUACCUGCGUAUGAUUGUGAUAUUGUGUGUUUUAAUUGUACAAGUUGGACAUCCAAACGAAAGCUGUUGAAGGCAGACGACAAGAUAAUGAAUACCUCUCGCAUGAUAUGAUAUAAUUAAAUAAAUCAAUUUAGUCUAAAACAAGAAA